AUGAGUGGUCAAAUAGUAGUUCCCGUCAUGACAGCAGAAUCACAGAGAUAUUCCGUCGAGUUCAAGAGCUCCUGUGAAGCCCAUAUUAUCGUUCACGUGACUUUCACUGGGGAGGAAACUCAACCAACUUUCGUGGCCCCUGGCGAGACAAUUACACUUCUUCUUCCCUGUGGUCUUGCUGGUGUACAACUCGUAGCAACUGAUUUGGGCAAUCCAGAUUUCAAGAAAAUCCUCGAAAAUCCUCCCGUGGAGCUUGUUUCUCGAAUCAAUCAUCGGAAUGUGAUUUCUAUUGAAAAGCAGGGUCACCGAUUUCAACUCUCUGGAGGACCAACUGCCGGUGUUGCGGCUUCUGAAUGGAAAGCCUUGAAGAUCGACUCGAACUUUGACUUUUCUGCCAAGAUCCAUCUUCUUCCGAGAAUGGUCAGUCACACCCCAGAUGCUGGCGACAAAAUCGCACGUUUUGCGCGAAACAAUAAAGCUGUCCUGAUCACUUCUGCUGUUUUUGGGGUUGCUGGAGCAGUUCUUCUUCCAAUCGCCCUGCCCUUGCUUGGCUUCGGUGCUGGUGGAGUUGUUGCGGGAUCUAUCGCUGCUGGAGCGCAAUCAGCAAUUUACGGUGGCUUCACUGGAGGAAUCUUUAGCGUUCUUCAAUCAAUGGGAGCUGCCGGCGUUUCCGCUGGAGCCACGGCGAUGAUGACUGCUUUUGGCGUGGCCACUGGAGCGGGAAUCGGAGCACUCAUCAAAGAAGAAAUCCUCCACACCAUCCCGAUCAGUCGAAUCAUCAAGGGAGAGACUAAAAUUGAAAUCAACUACAAGACGUUCCAAAUCCUUGAAUCCGUCACCAUCGUCACUGGAAAAGACGGAGAAGGAAAGCGCAAGGCCAUCUUCAUUUCUACCUUUGGUCGCUCCGAGAAAAUCUACCGCUAUCGAUUCGAGUUCACUAAAUCUGCCAACGAUUUUGAAAUCCAAGUGCCUCAGACGUCAGCUGAUAACUGGCGAGAGUUCUUUCCCAUCGACUUCGACAAAAUAAACGGGCAAGAACUUGAGAAUAUCUACAAAAUGGGUAUAGAAAAUGUAAAAACAAUCGUGGCGGUUCUCUCGGGCAAAGGAGGAGUUGGCAAAAGUAGUGUCUCAGUUCAACUCGCUCAGGGAUUCGCUGCGGAUGGAUUGAAAGUUGGAAUUCUCGAUUUGGAUAUUUGCGGCCCUUCGAUUCCGCGAAUGCUGGGCCAAGAAGGAGAGAAUCUUCACGAAUCGGAAGAGGGGCUCGUUCCAGUCAUGCUUGGAGAAGGUCUUUCUCUAGUUUCUGUGGGAUUUUUGGCGGAAGCAGAAGAAGCGAUUAUUUGGCGAGGCCCAAAGAAGAAAGCUAUCGUCUCACAACUAAUUAAUGAUGUUCUUUGGGGAGCAUUGGAUGUUCUCGUCAUUGACACUCCUCCAGGAACAUCUGAUGAACACAUUGGUCUCGUUUCGACGCUCAAAGAGCUAGGAAGAAGAGAUUCUGUUCGAGCGAUUCUCGUGACGACGCCGCAAAUGGCCUCCCUUCAAGAUGUAACCAGGGAGAUAAACUUUUGUAAAAAGACGGAACUGCCAAUGAGCGGAAUUAUCGAGAACAUGUCUGGGUUCGUUUGUCCGCAUUGUUCAGAAUGCACGAAUAUAUUCAAUAAAGGAAAUGCUGCAAAGUUGGCAGAAAAGUAUGAAACGAAAGUAUUGGGCACAAUACCGAUUGAUCCAAAUUUCGGUUCCACAAUGGCUGCUGUUGAUUCCUUAGGCGACGCUGUUGUCCAAGCUUUGGUCGAGGAACCUCUUGAUUUGCUUCGACUGUCGCUUGAUGAGCGGAUUUUCGUCAAGCUCCGCAAUGAGCGAGAACUUACUGGUCGUCUUCACGCUUUCGAUCAGCAUUUGAACAUGAUUCUAGGAGACGUUGAAGAAACGGUGACCAACGUGGAAAUCGACGACGAAACAUACGAAGAGAUUUACCGACAAGUGAAGCGCUCGAUUCCGAUGCUUUUUGUCCGAGGCGACGGAGUCAUUCUCGUUGCGCCACCGCUGCGAAAAUAG